GAAAACGUGCAUGUUAUUCGUAAUCGAUGCCAAUUUAAAUUACGACAAAAAAAAAAAUCCACACUAAAUACAAAUUCGGUAUUGUAUAUUAUUUUCUAUUACACGUUAUGCAGCAGCAAGUGGGAUUGUAUAGACAGUGUGUCUUGCGACCAGUCCGAGCGAUGACACGGCCAAAGCAUCAAGACGACGCCACCGCCGCUGUUUUACGGAGAACUAGAAUGAUGCUGCUACUUUUGCUGUUGAUGUUCUCCUUGUCAUCGUUUCCAUCGGUCACCGCCGAGUGCCCGGGCGGAUGCACGUGUUACGAUGAAGCUGUUGAAUGUUAUGACCAGAAACUGAACCGGAUACCCGACAACAUACUGCCGGCUACCAAAACGCUGAUCUUGAUCAACAAUGAAAUCAGCGAUAUCGAAUCAUUAGCAUAUUUGAGAGAGUUGCAGUUCUUGAACUUGGAUAAUAAUAAAAUCAGGGAUAUCGAAUCAUUAGCUAAUCUUACACAAUUAGCGAUCUUGUACUUGUAUCGUAAUAACAUCAUGGAUAUCAAAUCAUUAGCUCAUCUGACAAAGUUAGAGACCUUAGAUUUGAGCAACAAUAAUAUAAGUGAAUUGAAACAUGGUGCAUUUGCAAAUCUUUCGAAGCUUCAGUCAUUAUUUUUGUAUACAAAUAAAAUCGAAAACAUCGAGACUGGGGUUUUCAAUAACUUAACGAGUUUAGAAUCCCUAUCCUUGCAUGACAACAGUAUUCAUAAUCUUGAUUCAGAAAUAUUUAAGGGACUUACAAGACUGGAAAAACUAACAUUGAGUAACAAUAAUAUAACUGAAGUGAAGAAUCGUGUUUUUUCAAACCUUCCGAAGCUUCAGAUAUUGGACUUGCAAAAUAAUAAAAUCAGUGGUAUCGAACGGGAAUCAUUUACUUAUCUCACAAAGUUAGAGACCUUAAUUUUGAGCAACAAUAAUAUAAGUGAAGUGCAAAAUGGUGCAUUUGCAAACUUUUCGAAGCUUCAGUCAUUGGACUUGAGCUAUAACUUUAUCAUGGAUAUCGAAUCAUUAUCUCAUCUGACAGAGUUAGAGACCUUAAAUUUGAGCAACAAUAAUAUAAGUGAAGUGAAAAAUGGUGCAUUUACAAACCUUUGGAAACUUCAGGCAUUAUUCUUGAGUGGAAAUAAAAUCGAUAACAUUGAGACUGGGGCUUUUAAUAACUUAACGAGUUUGAGAGCAUUAUUCUUGGAUUACAACAACAUUCAUAAGAUCGAUUUGGACAUGUUUAAGGGACUUAAAAAACUGAAUAGACUGUUUUUAGACCACAAUAUGAUAAGAAAUAUUCCACCUGGGACAUUCGAUUCAUUAGCGUCGUUGAGUGUUUUACAGCUUGACAAUAACCCGUUGACGUGCGAUUGCAAUAUUCUGUUGUUUGUAAACGUGCUGAAGAAAAAUUACCCCCAGCGUGAUGUACUCGGGGAUAACGACCCGUCAUGUCAUUUUCCCGUAGAAAUGAGCAAAAAACCAUUGAAGGAAAUAACCGAAAACGAUUUUAAUUGCACGUCUCCGGAAAUAAUCAUGGCACCAGAGAACAAGACGGUUUCAGUCGGUGAACAGUUACAACUCUCGUGCAAAGCCGUAGGAGACCCGGAACCUUUUAUAACGUGGGCCAAAGACGACAUCGAACUAGAACUUGGGCAACGAGUUCAGGUAUUUCAAAACAAUACAUUGAUUAUAUCUAAAGUGGAAAGAACGGACGGCGGUCAAUAUAAGUGCGUGGCGUCCAAUUAUCUUGGACGAAAAUCUUUCGAGGCGAUGGUUAACGUUAACGGUAUGCAAGUGCGAUUGUGUAGACAGUGUGCUUUGCGACCAGUUCGAGCAAUGACUGUCCCGAUGCAUCAAGACGCCGCCACCGCUAUAUUCAGGAGGACUAUGGUGCUGCUACUUUUGUUGUUGAUGUUCUUCUUCUCCUUGUCGUCGUUUCCAUCAGUCACCGCCGAGUGUCCGGGCAAGUGCAAGUGCAAAGUAGAGUUCGCUUUUGAGAUAAUAAAUGUCUACUGCUCUCACCAGGAACUAGACCGGAUACCCGACCGCAUACCUCCGGCUAUCAAACUGCUAGACUUGAGCUAUAAUGAAAUCAGGGAUAUCGAAUCAUUAGCUCACCUGACAAAGUUGGAGUCAUUGGACUUGAGCCAUAAUGAAAUCAGGGAUAUCGAAUCAUUAGCUCAUCUGACAGGGUUACAGUCAUUGGACUUGAGCUACAAUGAAAUCAGGGAUAUUGAAUCAUUAGCUCAUUUGACAGAGUUACAGUUAUUGUACUUGAGGUAUAAUGAAAUUAGGGACAUCGAAUCAUUAGCUCAUCUGACAGAGAUACAGCUCUUAAUGUUGAGCAACAAUAAUAUAAGUGAGGUGAAAAAUGGUGCAUUUGCAAAUCUUUCGAAGCUUCAGACAUUAUUAUUGAAUGGAAAUAAAAUCGAAAACAUCGAGACUGGGGUUUUUAAUAACUUAACGAGUUUAGAAUCCUUAUUCUUGCAUGAAAACAACAUUCAUAAGCUCGAUUUGGAAAUGUUUAAGGGACUUACAAAACUGAAUAGACUGUUUUUGGACCACAAUAUGAUAAGAAAUAUUCCACCUGGGACAUUCGAUUCAUUAACGUCGUUGAGUCUUUUACAGCUUGACCAUAACCCGUUGACGUGCGAUUGCAAUAUUCUGUUCUUCUUUAACAUUCUGAAGAAAAGUUACCCCCAGCGAGACGUACUCGGGAAUUACGACCCGUCGUGUCAUUUUCCUGUAGAAAUGAGAGAAAAAUCGUUGAAGGAAAUAACCGAAAACGAUUUUAAUUGCACGUCUCCGGAUGUAAUUGUGGUACCAGAAAACAAGGCAGUGUCGGUCGGUGAACAGUUACAACUCUCGUGCAAAGCUGUAGGAGACCCGGAACCUUUUAUAACGUGGACCAAAGACGACAUCGAUCUAGAACUUGGGCAAAGAGUUCAGGUAUUUCAAAACAAUACAUUGAUUAUAUCUAAAGUGGAAAGAAUGGACGGCGGUAAAUAUAAGUGCGUGGCAUCCAAUUCUCUUGGACAAAAUUCUUUCGAGGCGAUGAUUAACGUUAUCGGUAGGUUUAGCGGAAAAUGGUUGAAAUACCAUGUUCGGAGUAAUACCAUGUUUUUUUUUUUAUUAUUAUUAUAUUAGCGAAUCACCUAUUGUAUAAUGACAUAAUAUUGUAAGCAAUUUAUUAUUAUUAUUAUUAUUAUUAUUGUUAUUAUUGUGACUUGUGAAUUGUAUAUUUUACAAUUAACAUGCAUAUUAUUGUAAAAUAUUAUAUAAAGUAACAACUGCAGAACUGGCAAAACUACAAUUUAGUUUAUAGUUUAUUAAUUUACUGUACAAUCGACUGUAAUACACACUGAUUACAGGGUGGUGACCGUAGAAUAAAUACGAACGUUCAGUGUGUGUGUGUGUGUGUGUGUGUGUGUGUGUAAACGCGCGCUAUAAUACGACGCGGCGCGGCGUACGUAAAUAAAUACAUAUGAGAGUAAAUAUAUAUAAUAGUUGAAUAAAUAUUCAGUUUAAAGAAAUUUAUGAGAAUAAAUGUUUAUAAUGUUAAUGAAUAUAAGGUAUUUAUGAAUACGGAAUCAGAUAAUUCAGAUAUUGAAAGUAGUUCUACAGAUAGUUCAGGAAAACAAGUAGCAACUAAAAAGUUAAAAAGUAAGAAUAAAGAUAAAUUAGUAGUAAAAAGAUUAAUAAAAGAAGAAUUUGUAGAAAAUACUGGGGAAAUAUACAGUAGGACAGCCGCUGUUAGAAAGAAUUUUUUAAGAACAAUUAGUCAUACAGAAGGGUUUGGUAAAAUUCUAACCCCACAGAAAAGCGAAAGGCAAAAUAAUUACCGGGUAGGUCAGGUUCUGGAUCGGAUCCAGGGGUAGUACAUAUUCAAUUAAAACCAGUAGUUAAUAAACGAGUAGUGAACGUAAAAUAUAAUAUGGAUCUUGACAAAGCAAUUUCUAUGAUACCAGUUUGCACAGGCGAAAAAGAUGUAGCUGAAUUUAUAAACAUCUGUGAAAUCGCGCUUAAAGAUAUUUCAGAGGCGGAUAAGCCGAUAUUGUUAAAAA